AUGGUUGAAAAAGAUGCUCAACUUAGUGCGCUUGAUAUUGGAGAAUUAGAUAUGUUUGUACAAAGUAUAGAACCUUGGAGGAUUGAAAGUAUUGGCAACCAAGGAUGGAUUGAUUGGCACAUUCGAUUGCAAAAACUAAAUCAGCAAGCCGUUUUAGAAGCUUCAUCGAUGCAAGAAGAAUUAACAAAAGAAACAUUAAUUUCUUAUGGAAAACUACCCAUAUUAGUGCACGAGGCAAUCUGUAUUCAAAUCUGGCGCUUAAAGAUCUACCCACAGAUCAUGAAAUUAGAACCCGCUCCUGCUAAUACUUUCGGCAUUUACAUGGUGCUGUACCAUGAGGCGGCAACAGUGGGAUUACUGGAAACUGUAUUAUUCCACGAGGACGGUGCUCAUUGUAUUAGCGAAGUGGCCAUAGACCUUCUUCACUACGCUGUUGACCAACUGACAGCUCUAGUGGUGCUAAUUAACAAUGGGUAUUUAAAACCACUUGCAGUAAAGGAUUUGCAAUCUGAAACUGCAGCUGAAGAGUUGGAACGUCAAAAAAAAGAUCUUCAAUUUGAUAUUAGUAUGAGAUGUAUAUCCAUUGUUCGUUAUUUAGCUGAGCACAUGGAAUUCGCGGGAAUAGGUGCAUCAAUUUCUACAAAUCUUUAUAAAACGUACGACGUGCCCUCAGUAUUGUGCCAUCUCAUACAACUGCAGCCCUGGCGAAAAGUCAACGAUAAUGGAGAUCUACAAAUGUUUAACUUCGGCCGUUGGAGCAAGCCGACGGCGGAUGACCUCUCGCAGCUGCACCGAAGCGAGGCGCAGCUCUGGCUCUGUCUGCGGCAACUCCUGCUAGAGCCGCGCUUACAACAUCACUAUACUAUUGACGAAUGUCGACGCUCUGUUUUUUGUUCGCUUCAAGCAAAAUUGACGGACACCAUGUUGGACCAAGUCCCGCCACUGGGUCACCUGAAGAUGUUCCUAUGUCAGCUCGCGGUGGGAGACUACUCCAGCCUGCACAAUAAGACCAAUGGCGUUAAGAAUCCAGGGUGCACCCUCAUUGAAGUCGUGCCUCAAAUAAAGGAUGCAUAUCUAAAGGAAGUGCACAAACGAACAAAAUCGAUUGCAAUAUCCCAAUUGCAAUAUUUUCAAAUGGAUGGUUCGGAAUCUUCUAAAAGUAUGGCGAAGAAGCUUCUAGAAUCUUACACAAGCGACGCCGCUCUCGCUUUGGAUAGUGGAGGAGCGAAGUGCGCUAAAUGCGGCGACAAAGCCAGUAAGAAAUGUUCUAGAUGCAAAACAGAAUGGUAUUGUGGCAGGAUUGUCAUCUUCAAUAAGACGUACAAAGUAAAAGACAAGUCGCAACCCUUCUCCUUGAGUGUCCGGAAUUACGAUGCGUGCAACUUGCCACCCUGUGAAUCGGAGUUACUCCAGCAAGUGUUACGCACAAAAUUCAUUGCAUGCUUAUGGAGUAAUGCCCAUAAUGCAAAAAUUACUGAUCUUUUACCAACGGACUAUGGAUGGAAAAUUGUCGACGGGAAAUUUAAAAUGAACUGGUUUGCAGGUGACCAAUUGCCGAAAGCGUACGAAGAUGUAGUCAUAACACCUGAUAUUCUUGAAGAUACUCCAGAAUCAGAUACGCAAUCUGAGGAUGAAAUUGAGCCAGAAGAGGAAGAUGAUUCUACGGAUGAAGAUGAUGAU